AUGCCGUUAGUUCGCUACAGGAAGGUGGCCAUCCUCGGAUACCGCUGCUCCGUAGGGAAGACACCUUUAGCACAUCAGUUUGUGGAGGGCGAGUUCCUGGAAGGCUGUGAUCCUACUGUGGAGAAUACUUACAGCAAGAUAGUGACUCUUGGCAAAGAUGAGUUUCACCUACACCUGGUGGACACAGCAGGGCAGGAUGAGUACAGCAUUCUGCCCUAUUCAUUCAUCAUUGGGGUCCAUGGUUAUGUGCCUGUGUAUUCUGUCACCUCUCUGCAUAGUUUCCAAGUCAUUGAGAGUCUGUACCAAAAGCUACAUGAAGGCCACGGGAAAACCCGGCUGCCAGUGGUGCUGGUGGGGAACAAGAAAGAUCUCUCUCCAGACAGGGAGGUCCAGGCUGUUGAGGGGAAGAAGCUGGCAGAGUCCUGGGGUGUAACAUUUAUGGAGUCUUCUGCUCGAGAUAAGCAGCUGACUCAAGGCAUCUUCUCCAAAGUCAUCCAGGAGAUUGCUCGGGUAGAGAAUUCAUAUGGGCAAGAGCGCCGCUGCCAUCUCACGUGAGCCCUUGAGCAUAGGGUAGCUGCCUUGAUUCUGCCCCUGGCACUUGCCAGGCUCCAGUGGGGGCUUGGGGGGGCAGGCCCUCAGGACUUCACGGGUUUGUUUGGUUGCCAGCUGUGUCCGACCUGGCCCUCUGGGCACACAGUGUGGUACCCUCAUGUUUGCACACUUACCUGGGCUCCAGUGGCCUGGUUGUCGAUGUUUACAAAGAGGCAAGGAUGUCUCACGGGCACUGUCCUCUAGCUCUGUUUUUGCUAAAUAAAUGAAUUGUUAUAACCUAUGGAGUUGGGAUAUGAGUCCUGGGCAUUGUUUAUUCAGGACCUAUGUAGGUUUGGGGUGU